CAACGGCGGCGGGGCCAUGGUAAUGGCGGCGGGCGGGGGGCAGAGCCCCGGGGCUGCUCUCGGGCACGGCCACCCCGCGGCCUCCUGCCGCCGGGCGGAGCCGCCGUGCCCGCGGGGUGCUGCGAUGUCCUCUGGUGUCCUCUCUCCUCGCAGGCCGAAGUGGAGGAAACCCUAAAGAGGAUUCAAGCCCACAAAGGGGUUAUCGGCACGGUUGUCAUAAACGCCGAAGGAAUUCCCAUAAGAACAACUCUUGAUAACUCUACAUCAGUCCAGUAUGCAGGUCUUCUUCAUCAGCUCACCAUGAAAGCUAGGAGCAUAGUGAGAGAUAUUGAUCCUCAGAAUGAUCUCACCUUUCUUAGGAUCAGAUCAAAGAAACACGAAAUUAUGGUAGCUCCAGAUAAGGAUUAUCUCCUGAUCGUUAUUCAGAACCCAAGUGAAUAGUCCUACUAUGGCAAUAUUUUUAGAGACAGUGAUGUAGUUCUACGUGUUAAACUAAUAUUACUUGUUGAUAUUUAAUAUCAAACAUAGCACUAAGGAAUUUUAUAUAAAGUGUAACUGUCAUGACUGAAAUGUUGCCAAUUUAAAGUUCUCAGUUGUAGCUGUAUCAAUUUGUUUGAGCAAAUCAUAAUGCAUAUAUCAAAAUAUUGUAUGUUUAUCUUGAUACUCAGAAGAGCAAUAAUAAAGCAAAAUGCUUAAAACUCUC